UUCAGUGUGAAGGAGGGAUGUUUUCUUUUCAUCCACCGAGUCCAUCACACAUAUGAAGGCUCUCUGUCAUGUUGGAGGUAAACAGAAAAGUGACACUUAGAACCACUUCCUUUUUCUCUCUCUGUCUAUAAAAAGAUGAAUAGAAACAACGCUCUGCUUAGUCAAAGUUUCCACAAGUUCUCCUGAGGCUGAACAGUGAGGAGACCUCGAAGCUGUGGUUGGACUGUUGGUGAUGCUGCUCCGAGUCUCUCAUGAUGGACAUGAAUCAGAACAGCGGACUCUACAAUUGUCCAUUCAAGAAAUGUUAUCAGUGUCUUUUGGGAGCGGCAACUGUUGCCAUGAUCCACCAGCUGUUGGAAGAUCAGAGGAACAGAGCCUCCAGAAGGCAUGGACGUUAAGGCGCCUUUUAGCGUUGAUGCACCAGAGAAAGACGGACAGAGGGCUGUACAUGCAGUUAAAUGAUGCCACCCCUAUAAUGCUGUUGUACGGUAAUCCAGACAUCUGCCUCAAGAGGGACUUUUGUCUAAAUCAAACAACUGUGGCAUACUUGAUUCAAUUAAUUACCUCACCAAGUGACCACGGUUGGGGCCAGGAGAUGGAGGUUCUUGUGUUCCUGUAUAGUUUGGCCCAUGGGCUAUCACUCUCUGUGGUCAGCUCUGCAUUUGGGAUUCCCAGGACCACUGUGCACAAUAUGAUCCACAGAGUCAGCAGGGACAUAAAAGCCAAACUCUCAACUGUAAUUUCACUGCCAUCGCCACAGGAGCUUCACACCAUUGCCCAAGGCUUCAGUGAACUUGCACGGAGUCCUGCUUUUGCCCAUGCUGCUGGUGCCAUAGAUGGAUGGCACAUUCGUAUUAGAGCUCCAGGGAACCUGCACUGUGCUGAUAAGCUUUUUUCAAUCCAUACAAAUGCAGGCCAUAUGAAACGCAAGAGGCAGAUUCUUGGAUGUGUUUGUGGGCUAUCCAGGCUCUGUACAUGAUGCUAGGGUUCUGCGUAACAGUCCCAUCUUCUGCCGGGCCCUAUACCCUCCAGCUGGCUACUACCUCCUUGGGGACGGUGCCUAUCCCUGCCUAGAAAAGCCAAUUGGCAUCAUAACCCCAUACAAGCACCCUCUGCAAGGCCGGGUCCAGGAGAGGUAUAACUUGCAUCACUCCAGGGCUCGUUCUGUUGUUGAACGAGCUUUUGGAGUGAUGAAAACACGCUGGCGAGGCACAUUCUUUAAGGCCCUGGAGGUCCAUCCACAUUUUGCACCAGACAUCAUUGUUUGCUGUGCAUUCCUCUACAAUCUUUGCAUCCACAUGAACGAUGUUCUGGAAGAGAUGGAGGACUUCUCACCCAAAGAAGAUACCCAGAAUGCUCCUCCCAUUGGUGCAGGUGAACAGGAAAGGCAUGGAAACCACAUCAGGGACAGGAUUGCUGCCUAUCUGUCUGCACCUGUCCAGGUGCCACAGUACUUGCACGAGCAUGAUUAUUUGUGAAUUUUGUGCAUUUUGUGCUGCGUUUUUUCUGUUUUUUUGUUUCUUUUUUAUUGUGUUUUUGUAUUUAAGUUGUGGGCAGUUCUCAUUUCACAAAAAAUGACAGUCCUGAUUUUGUUAAUUGGCCAAAUAGCCCAUUAAAACUGCACAAACUGGCCUUAUAAACCUGUGUGUUUACUCUUUUCAUCUUUAGCACUACAAAAUCACUUUUUCUAACUGUUGGACCAUGAAGAUAUUCUGCAAAAUAUGCAUGUCAGCAGGGGCCCUACAUAACAAAAGUGAAACAUCACCAUAUGUUAACUUAUACCACUUCCAUCUAACCCCAAACAUAAAUGCAAUUGUCAGGCAUGACUGUUGUCUUACACUCCAGUUUGUACAUGUUUAUAAAUGUGAUACACAGAUAAUAUAUUUAAAAUGCUAGCAUGCAGUUGUUGCCCUUCAUAGCCUUCUCACCUGGGAUAUGAUGACAUUUCCUAUGUUGGAAAAUACUUUCCUUUAGAACUGCACCUGUUUAAUAUUUGGGGGAUAGACCACAUCAGUGCACUCCUUGCAUACUCAUCUUUUGUACAAGUGAAGAUAAGACAUUUUUCAGACAUGCCAUUGUCAAGAUCCAUUUUUAAAGAACACUUGUUAUGCAAUAAUUCAA